CACACACUCUCACACACAGACAGAGGACGUAAGAGGAGAGUUGCAGGAAAGAAGGAAAGAGGUCUUUGGCUCAUCUUUCUUUUUUCUGUCUCUUGGUUGUUCUGCAUCCCUGAUAUGACUCUGUUCAGCCCAAGAUACACGAGCAUGAGUGGAGAGCUGAAGUCCAGCCGCUCUAGGGCAGCGAGUAAGAGGGCCAGUAACACCACUUAUGGAUUGGAGUUGGACUUGGACUAUGACAGCUACAAUGAGGACUACUAUGACAGGGUGUAUGACUACCAGCGUGUGCCGGCCUCCUUGUCUCCUCUCCCCCUGGGACCCAGUCUGGCCAAGCGAUCCCGUUCCUCCUCCUACUCCACCGGGCACAGACGCAGCCGAGACAGAACCCACUCCAAAAGCUCCAGAGCCCACUCUACCAGUUCAUCCACAUCCAAGUUGGGCAUGGAGGAGUUGCAGGUGAUUAAAAAGGAGCUGACUCUGAUAAAGACACAGAUCGAUGGGCUGCUCGACAGUCUGGACAGGAUGGACACACAGAGGAAUGACCACAAAGGUUCUCCACAGAGAGAGGACAGUCCAGCUGGCUCAGGGUACGCUCUGUCUGCCAGUAGUCCCGAGCACUCUCUCUCCUCCCUCUCCCCACCCAGCUCCCGUCAUCGAAUCCACAGGGAGAGCCCCGACCUGAGGGAGCCAGACAACGACCACCACACGAUGAGCAACCACAGCUCUGAGCCUGAGGAGGAAAUAUGAAGUAAAAAUUAAGAAGAUGUGGAUUAAGUGCCAAACAUGGAGGAAGAGAACAACAACCACCGAGCCAACACACAUAUCAGAGGAUCAUAUCCCCUUCAACAGAGUGUACAUUUAACAAUGCACAAUACAUUUGACCUUUUCUCAGCAGCUUGGUUUCUGUGAACAUACUUUAGGGAGGAAACACUGACACUGGUGACUUCAACACACUGAGCACAUGCACAUCAUUUAGAAGAAGUUAUGAUGAACUAAGAGAGUGACAGAGAGAGUCAGAGGGAUUUUAUCCAGAGAGUAAUUAUGAAGAUUACCUAGAGGCAUGCUGGUGAAUUAAACUUUUUUAAUAUAAUCCUGCCUGAGCAGGCUCUUCUAUUGUUGUGUGAGCAGGUUGGUACAGCACCAAUAUUCCAGUAUUAAUACAGAUAGUGCAAUAUUAAUCCAAAUGAGACAAUAGACUUCUCUGAUUAAAACAUUAUGUAAGCAGCUUACCAGAUUAGCUUGUUCACAUUAAAAUUCUUCUGCUGAACAGGAAGCAAAAUGUCAGAUGGUCCAUACAGGAAUCAUUAAUGUAUGGUCAUGACGAAGUACAGAAGGAGAUGCAUUUUGUCUGCUGGAUCUCCAGAAACAGAAACUCUACAGAAUAGACCCUUCUCUAUCAAAUAUUUAUUUAUGUUUAAUAAAGACCUUUGACUAGACAGUGGAUUCGUAUGAGCGACUUGCUUAGAGGUUGUUGUAGUUAAGAGAAUAAAUGAAAUAGUGUGUGCAUGUGCAGUAGAAAUGAAAAGUCUCUGCAGAAGUCAUUGUAUCUAUACCUUAACUGUGUAUUAAUAUGGACACCUCCCUGUCUCCAUCUAUUGUGUAGAAUGAAACCAAAAUACCUCCAUGACAGGUGCUGACAUAUUGCACUGGUGAUGUAAUUUAGAGCCAAGACGUCUUAGAAAAUUCCCCGUGAGCCCUACCAACCAGCAUACAUCAUCAUUAUGUAAUAUGCUAUUUAACCCCAACAAAAAUUGCAAUUUGUAAACUUUCUGUAUUUCCAAAGCUCACAUAAGUAUUAUCUUAAAAAUGUAAAUGAAAAUAUUAUUAUGCAUUCUGGUAAAAAUAAAUAAAUAAAAAAUGGAAGUGUAAUAAAAUAGGUUUAUGUACCUCUGCCAGUUUUACUCUACUGAAAAAGAGCCAGUGCACACAUUAGUUGAAUUUAACUUAUAAAAUAGCAUCAAAUAAAAACACUAGUAAUUAUGUUAAUUUGAUCUUUUUCCCUCCUCCUCUGUUUACUCUUUUUUUCCACUCCCAGGCAGAAAAUUCCUCCUCAUUUGUUUCUUCAGUGGCUUUCUUUGUCAAACAUUUUCACAGGGAUACUGCAUGCAACAGUUAACAUCAUAGCAUCUCAUGAGGCUUUGUCUGCUUUAGGGUUAUCAAAAUUGGGUUUGCACAUAUUAACUAAAAUCAUAAUAUACACAUAUUAAAUGUUUAAUACAAAGGUCUUUUGGUAAUAAAAAAACACAUGUAGACCUAUUUUCUUAGGAUUUUAUUAAUAAAAAACAUUUCAUUGAUGUUUUUUGUUUUUUUUUUCUAAUUUAUAAUUGCUCUGUUUUUGUGUGGGUCUUGGAGAGACUCAGCUGGUCUUUGAUACAGUAAGGGGGGACGACAAGGAAAAGUUGAACGACUGUGUUAGACCAGUGCGCUACCAGUACAAACAUUACUCAUUUAGAGCCACUGCUGUGGUCUAAAUCCUUUGGUGGCCCCUUAUUGGCUGUGGGGCCCCAAGCAGAUGCGUAUCUUGCCUGUUGACAACAGUGCCUCAGAGAACAGAUAAUUCUGGUUUGAAGCAGAGACUCUCAGUUAUAGUAGGCUUACUGACUGUCUGUUAUGUUUUUCAUUGUUUUCUCUUGUCUUUCUCCUCUAAUCUCAAAUCCAUCUGACAACACUACACAUAGCCUCAUGUCAACAGAGCUGUCAAUCAUGAUGGUGCAUCUGGUCUUUUUUGCAUCAAAUAGCUAAUUAAAACAAAAUACUCAGAAAAAUUAACAUCAGUCAUUGUGUUUGAAAACUGAUUAUUACGUCAUUUGGACUUGACACUGUUUUAGGUAUUUUGUAGUACUUUAUACGUAGUUUGGCCCAUGUCCCAUGUGUCAACAUAGAGGAGUUGGGGUUUGUGACCUAUACUGCUACCAGUCAGCAGAGGGAGCUUUAGAUAUUUUUCCUUCACUCCAAGGCAACAGUUCCAUGUCCAUCUUAAUAUACAGUCUUUGAUUUUGACCCAAACAAAGGAAAUGAGUGAACACUCAGAUUUGAUCACUAAAGAUUUUUUUUCCAAAACACUUCUUGUAUAUGAUAAAACAUCACGUAGCAUUCAGAGACUUUAGAGUCCUGUUGAUCAAUCAAGAAAAAAGAGGUUGUUUUCUGCUGAAGGUUUUUUUGCUUGAAGUGACUCUAAUGAAAUUGUUAUUCCAUUAAAAUGUGUUUUCCCCACUGCUUUAAAUACACUAAAGUUCAUGAUAUUCUUCCACCAUGUAUUUGGCACUUAAAGAUGUGCAGACUCCCAGGUCAGUGUGUAAUAUUGUGAAUUAUUGUAAACUUUUAUGUAAUUGUUGAAUUGUCUGAUUUGAAACUUGCUUUAGCACUUCUCAUGUUUUUGUUUGUUUUUGGGUUUUUUUGUAAAGAAAAACAAUGUAUAAUUAUAAUUCCUAUGGUGUUACAUGUUUUUGUUUGCAUUCUUAUGAAAAGCCAAAUGGAAAUGCUCA